AUGUCAGCUACAAAAGUUAUUGAGACAACCGUGCCCGAGGCUUCACCAUGGAAUAUUUCAUCUACAUUAAACUUGGACGACUUAAAGAUGGACAGCAAUUUCGCCUGGCUUCUUGUAUCAUUAAUAACAGCAAUAGUAUGGGUUGUUUACAUUACAUACUACAACUCCCGAGUAAUUGGAUAUGUAUUCACCCGGGCUCUGAACAAGUUAUAUGUAACUGAUGGAUAUUUUAGAGCUGGAUCUUUUACCGUAUGUAUGCUCUCUGGAAAGAUCAUGUUUAGAGAUGUUGUCUACAUUACUCAUGACUUUAGUCUUCGUAUACAAGAUGGUUGGAUGAUAUUUCGUUGGUGGAGAUCCUAUGUUCCUAAAGAUGUUUCCGAAGAUUUAUCUCAUUCAGAUACCAGGCUGUCUGUCAUGCUAAAUGGAUUUGAAUUACAUGUCUUUAAUCGAUCAGAAGUAUAUAAUCAUUUAGAAAGUGUAUUUGGGUUAGACUCGUGUAUUUUUUCUCACAAUGAAAAAAUAGAUGUUAAUAGAAUCAUAGGGGAAAAAAUAGAUCUUGCAAAAAAGCAGAGACCGCAACCUGGAGCUGGUUCCCUAGGGCAGAGUUGGAGGGACCUAAUUCCUGUUAUUAAAUUUGAUUUAUCUUCUGCCCGUGUUGUUUUUGGAAACCGACUAGUUCCUACAACUCUUUCUAUUCAAGUAGAAGAAGCUCACGUAACUUAUUCAACGAAACCUGCUGCUUCGAGAUUAGAUCAUUUUAUGCAUUUUGCUAAGUGUAAAGCUGAAAAUUUUAAGGUUAUUUUAGCCCCCAGUCCGAAGUAUACUGGAAUGGCAGAUGACCCACCAAGAUACAUGGGUGAAGGAUUUGUAGUGCUUUCUUCAAACAAUGUUGAUCUCUAUUAUUAUAUGGAUGAACCAGGAAUAGUUCCAGCAGAGCCGUUGAUGCUGGAGCUUGCCAAUGGAGAUAUAGUUGAAUCUGCUCCACCUAUCUGGGGAAUGGAUGUCAAGUGCGGUAAAGGAACUGAUUUUAGUUAUGGUCCUUGGGCAGAUAGACAAAGAGAGCAUCUUUUCAAAUUCUUUUUUCCUCAAGAUUAUCAACCAUUGGAGAUGACAAAGGCUCCAAUGCCUGGAGAAAAGCGGCAGGUCCAGUCAUUUGACAUUAGAUUAAGCACAUUAUACGACGCAACAAUCGAUAUUUUAUUUUCUAAAAAUAAGGAAACCAAUGCUGUUCAUGUGAAUAUAGGUCCUGGAUCUUAUUUAGAAGUCACCAUGCCGUGGGUGGUUGGACCUGACGGAUAUACCUCUAAAGUUACCGGACAGCUUUUACAUUUAGAAGCCUCCACUAGUUUACAAUAUCGUAGUUUAGUAGAAAGUGAAACUUUGGAAUAUACGAUUAAAUCAAAAUUUCCCUCAAAAUGGAAUGGACACCAGGAUUGGGUUUUGAAUCUGACUGGAUGCAAAGCUACAGUUUGGUUUAUUUAUGCUCACAAGGAAUUUUUUCAAGCAAUGAUGAACGACUGGGCUUCAAAAGCUCGCCCAGAUCUCCUUCACUUCGUUCCUUAUACGUGGAGGAUUAAUCUGCUCAUGAAAGAAUUUGAAUUCAUUAUGCCUGCUAAUGAAUAUAACUGGAUUGAUUGUUCAUCGCAAAGCCAUGAAAAUAUGUACAUAGCAAUCUGUGGAGAGGUAUUUGAUUUUUCUUUUGAUCUCCCUUUCACGGAUUUUCUUCCUCCAAAUAUUCCUUUGAAAUUUUGGAUUCAGGGUGAGAGUAUGGAUUUGUCAGUUUACCUCCCUGAAGUGAAUACAUCACGACUGAUACUUCUUUCACUUGAUAAAAAUGCUAAAUUACUUGGUAGAGAUGGCAAUACUAUGCCACCCAGGUCUACUGAUACCAACAAAAAAUGGAGAAACAUUUGUAAGAGAAAAGAAGGAUGGUUGGACUGCUGGUCAGUCCCAAUUGUUGCGCUAUCAAUUAAUUAUAUUUACCAUCCCAUGCCACUAUUCGGACCUUCUCCUCAGGCUGAUAUUACAACACCUGAAAAAGAAGAAAUUCUACUUUCUCCUAUGAGAAUUCCACAUACUAGAAAAAGGCCAUUAAUAAGGAACUGGAAACAGGAUGGACCUAAAUUUGAUCCAACUACUCUUCCACCUGACAAAGUUAGUCUUGAGCUGGAAAUAGGACCAUCUGUAAUGAUGAUAUAUGGUACAUGGAUUAAAGGAUUUGUCAAUUUAAAGGAAAAUAUUUUUGGUGAUGAUCAGAAUUUCACCGACAUGAAUGAAGCUCCUCAGUUUCAAAUUACUCCUAAAAGUUCUAAUCCCGUCCCAGAAACACCAAAUUCUGUCACAGAUGAUUCCAUUAAAGAAGAAUUUGAUCCCAGGAUUUAUCGUCCUCUUGAAGUUUCAGUUUCCAUUACAAUGCACGAUAUCCAAGCUCAUUUGAUGAAGGAAUGUACAGAAAAGGAUCCAGCCUGCCCAAUUAUUCUGCUCGAAAGGUUUGGAUUUGAAAUGAAGAAAGGAUAUAAAGAAACAAUGCUGCAGCUUCUUCUUUCACCCGCUAUUCUGUUAAGCAGUGAUAAGUUAGCUAACCGACCUUCAAAAGAUAAACAUCUGAAUCAAGGUCAUCUCAUGCUUUCAGGAUUUCAGUUGCGCGGUCAAGCCAUGUUUAGUGAUGAAGGAAGAAGUUACGAUCAGGAAACAAUUGAAUAUGCUUGGUUACUUGAACUACAGCUUGGAAAACUAAGUGGCAAAAUGACAACCGCUCAGCUAUAUAAUGUGAUGAGCAGCCUCGAGUGCUUGUUGCUGCUUACACUAGACAGCGAAAACAGAUUGUUACCUCCUCGUGCCCCACCGCCGUGCCAUCAUGGGCUUGUACCAGUUGAUUGUCCCGAGAGUGACCCUUCUGGAGUAUACAGGUGCCCUCCUCCUGAUCAAAUCAAAUACCGCCUUGUCAGGGUGGCUAUUGACUCUGUGGAUUUGUUCCUUGUUGAAUCAGGAACUGCCAUUAACUUAGUCGCUGCUCCUAUACGGUUUUCGACUUGUAACCUUCAUGGUAAUCAAGUUAAAUCCGGUAUGACUGGUGUGAUUCCUUCUGUUAAAGUUAGGCAGGUAAUAGUUACUAACCAUUUGUCGGCCACAAACACAACAGGCAGUGGGCGCUCACAACACAAAUCAAGUAAUGAACCUGACAUAUGGCUUGAAGUUGGUUCUAUUUCUUUAGGACCUUUAAUUAUUGAAGCAGCUGUCUCACUCUCAAAUACAGAUCAUAAUCUUCAUCUCGUCCAACAUAGAUUCUUAAAAACUCAUGACGAACGCUCAAGGAGAUUAUGGUUGCUUUGGCCUGGUGAAAAAUCAGGAAAGUGCGGUUGUAUUGGUGGUUGCAGUUUCUUUGGUAGUAAUGCAAAUGGUCCCAGAUUUUUUAGGCCUAGCCGACAAGACGCUGUUGAUGGUAUUAAUAUUGCUGCAUUCAGGGUUAAUGAACCUGGUAAAGAUCCAGGAUUUGGGCAAAGCAUUCUACACGAAUCCCACCUAAUUUUUCAUACCCCACCAUACAAUUCACAUGAUGUUAAUAUACAUGAAUCUGUUGUUACGACUGCAGAUCCGGUUCUUCGCCCUACUGGACUUAAGAUGAAUCAUAUAACUCAGGAAGUUGUCGAGGGCCCUCAUAACGAAACGAGAGUGGAAAGAUCCAGGUCAGUUACUGAUCAUCAUAGGGAAAGGAGGAAAGUAGAAACUCCAAGCCCUGUAGCAAGUAUCAAAUCUAGUCAGCCUAGGAGGUUCUCUUAUACCUCAACAACUCCUAAUAGUAGAAGUUCUAAUGGACCUGCCCGUGAUGUGCCUUAUUCUCGCCUGCUCGAUGCAAGCCCUACCAGCCUUUUCCCACCGAAACUAGAAACUGAUAACGUAUCCAUGAGGCUAAGCGCUGGCUCUGCUGAAAAGACUAGAAGUAUCCUAAGUGUUCCUCAAGAGUCCACGGAAAGCCAGCCUAAAUCGAGCAUUUCUGAUUCAAAACUGGCCGUUGAUUAUUUCAACUCAACUGUGCAACAAUAUAACGCACUUGUCAACAGUGCCAUUGCCCAUCAGUGUGAAGUGGACCCUUCAGAAUCCGACCAUUCUCUUCAGGAGCAGCUGGUCCAAAGGACUAUUUCCAUGUGUAGUGAAAAUCAGUCAGAAGGUUUCUUUUCAGCGGAAGAAGAAUUGAGCCAAGGAGGCAUGGCUGCUAUCAAUAGUCGCCCCGGUUCCCUCAGGCAUUCAAUUACUAGAGCAGAUGGAAAGAAGAGAUAUGGAAGUGACAUGAGUAUUAUUGGAGGUAUUGCAGCUCCUGGGACUUCACAAGUUUCUAGGCUAUGUUCUCACCGUAGUGAUCAUGAAAUUCAUACUCCACAACACCGUGCCGAUCAGUUACAGACAAAUGUCGAACAAGAUAAUAAUAAUCUUGUUACACCCCAGUUCAGACAUGGGGCUGUUAGUCCUAAGUCCACUAAUUCUGAACAGCAGGAUCCCUUGAGUGGUGCUCUGUUAGAUUCUUCUGACUCGCAUUCCAUAUCUAGUACAUCAUUUAUUUCUGCUGUUUCAUCGCAAGAAGAUUUAACGAUGGUCAAUCUCCAUAUGCAAGUAAAUCGGCCGAUUGUGGAAUCUCCUCUUCUAAUGUCAAGUUAUGUCAGUCAUCUAUCCCAGGUGAGUUGUUUCAACUGGGCUCUAUGUUCAUUUCCAACUGGUGCUGAUACGUUUACAGCUCCUUUGUUCCAUAAAACAGAAGACGGUCGACUAGUUUAUGUUGGUAGUAGGUUUACACCAAAAUUUGAAAUGCUGACUGAAGGUUUCACGUCUCUAAAAAUGAUUACCCGUAACAGGGAUGCUUUCUCACCUCCUCCAUCGUUAGGGAAAACACCUACCCAUCCAUACACCUGGGAUAUUUUGCCUCCUGAAACCAGCAUGGCUGAAUCAGAAAAUGAAUUAGGUACUCGUGAUGAAUUAUUGUCAUUUAGAAAUGAAACAGGAACCAGAACUACUGUUGUUAUCAAAAUGAAAGGUGAUGUUGAUGUAAUGGUCAGUCCAUUGACUCUUGAAUCAUUACAAAGGUUUGUAGAUGCAUUGACACCUACAUUAUCAACUCUACAUCCGUUAACUGCCAUAAACAAAUUAGACUUGAGCUGUAUGAGCCGAGUUGAAGCCAGUAACGUACUUAAAAGGGAUCAGUACCUAAGUCAGUUUCAGGGAGGCGGCAGCAAAAGGAGUACCGCAGAGAGAGGUGGUAAGCUGAAGGGUCAGCCGCAUUGCGUGAUAGAACAAUGUAUUGCAACGCAAGUGCAAGCCACCGUUAUAUUGCCUAAAGUCAAUAUUGCACUUUUGCAAGCUUCUGUGGUAGAAGAGGUUAUAUCAUUUUCAGCUCUCGACAACGUUCGAGAUUUGACUUGUGUUUCAUUAUUAGCCGUGUCUUUUGAAAAUUUAACAGCUAGUUUCCAUUGUGGAAAGCAAACAAGAGAAAUAGUUGAAACUUUCGAGCGACCGGCAGUGUUGCCUAGUGGUGCUAAGAAAAGUGGGUUUGGUAAAACAGGAAAAGCGUUAUUCUUGGGCCUUAGAACUAGUACUGCCAAACAUGAUUUAACUGGGGAACCUGUUUUUAUUGAAACAUCACAAAAACAGCAAGAGGAAACAGUCAUUACACUUAACAUUAGUAAAAUUCAUGCCCAGCUUAGAAGGUUGCACAAUGAAUGUUCAUUAUUGAAGGAUGCAGAAAUCACUGCUAUACCCAGCCAUUGUUCUAAAGUUAUAUUCACGACAAAGUUAAUUACUAAAGCUACUGAUGAAUCUUCUGUCAGAUUCCCUAAUGAAGAAUUAAACCUUACUUCUUUGUCUGAGGAAAAAUUAGGCUUCAUUAUGUUUGAAUCUGGUCUAGAAGGAGUAUCAUUUAAGGUUGUUAAUAGAUCGAAAUUUGAUGUGGAAGAAACUGACGAUGGUAAAGGGUCUUCUGCCCAGCCUUGUGAAAAUGAGACGAAUUAUACAGAUUCAGUUCGUUCAAAGGAUGAAUUGGAAUCUGUUAUUGUAGAACAUCCUCAACAUCCAAGUUCUGCUCAAGUAGACAACUCAAACAUGACACCUACAAGUGUAAAAGCCGUUAAUACUAGCCAAAGCCAGCAAACAGAUUCAAACAGUCAUCAGGAGUGCCAUUCUGAGCCCACGGCAAAUAAUACGUUGUCUAUCCAAGGUAAAGAUGGAAAUGCAUCAUCUUGUGUGAUCGAUGUGAAACAAGUAUGGUUUAAUUUUGCUGCACCUCCCAGGAUUCCUAUUACUAGAAAAAUAGAUUACACAAGAUUGGAUUGGAAUUUACUCAGUACAGCUUCUCCGGCAAUAAAUGCAUGGAUGAACCCUAAUAAUAGAUUUGCAAUAAGAGUCGUUCAUAUGCUGAGGUGUAAGUACAGGAGGAGUACCGCUAUAGUUACUUGUCUGAUGGCUGAAGCUCUCGAUGUUCAAGGAAUUCAUAUGCCGAUAAAGAGUCGCUAUGGACGAUUGACUCCUUUAAGUAAAACAUUACAAGAAGACCCUUCUUGCCAAUUAUGUUGUGUUUUAAGACGCUAUCUAUUGGAAAGUGAUUCUAACAUUGAAGAUUAUCUUAAAGAGCCGGAACUUCCUCAUUUAUCUACACUGCGACAAGGAGUAAUUGUUCUUACAAGGCAAUGGAAAAACAUUCUCUACACUCCUCUGCUUCUUGAACACAACUUUAAAACAAGACACAAUGUAGUUAAGCCCUUAAAUGUCACAUUUGCUAUUCCUGAUGCAGACGAUGAAAAUGUUCUCACGGAUGGAGAAUUUUCUUAUGAGGACUGCGAAAUCACUGAUGAAUGUGCAAUGCUACUUAAUACUGAAGCAGGAACCAAUUUAAGGAAAGUCCUCAAGGCAACUCAAAAAAAUGAUAUACCCACUACGAGUGUUGAAGAUCCUACGCCCAACAUGCAGUCUCCUCAAACUGGUCAUCUUACUUUGGGAAGUCUCGCUUUCAGCACUCCUGCUUCACCUAGCUCUGUUCACCAGUUACCUAAGAAAAAAUCACUGUUACCAACGCAGAUUCCAUCAUCUUCUAGAGCUAGUAUCGUGUUUCCUCUUACAUUUUUAGGCCAUCAUAGAUCAGAAAGUGACACUAAGGGAAUCGGCUAUAGCACAUUGAAAGAGGAUCCAGUGCUUGGUAGGAAGGAUAACAUCACAAACGGUUCGUUGGGUUCACUCUGCUCUAAGGGAGGACGUGGGGAACCAGAUGGGCAAGAGUCAAUGGCUUCAUUGGAUAGGACCGUGUCACCCCCGAGGGAAGCAGCAGCGGAAGACUUGUAUACAUGGAUGGCAAAGCAGCAAGAGUUCACUGAAUCAAAAAGAGAGAAGGUUAAACAACCACAGAGUCCAAUCACAAAGGCCAAGCCUCCGGUUGAAACAAAAUCAAAUGAAAAAGAUGUUCCCGAGGCUCCAAUAAUUAAUCCAGAUUAUCUUUUACUUGCUUCUGGCUACAGUUUGUAUCCGAUGCAUGAUUCUUUAAGACUUCUAGAUGCACAUUUGAUUUUUGAACCUCUGCUAUCCAGCCUUGGAGUAAUGCCCCAGCAGAUGAUAAGCAGCACAGGAACAAGAACAAACACGUUAGAAUCAUGGGGUUCCAACCUUUCAUUGAUCGGUGGUGUUGACUCAAUGAGAAUUGAUAUCGUUGUCAGUGAACAUGGGAAACAUCAUGAUAAGAAAGGAAAAGAGAGUAAGUUUUGGUUGGAAAUGCCUCCGGAGACACCUGCCUUCAUAUGUGAAAGAGUUGGAGUUGAAUUAGAACUUUGUCGCCUGGCUGAUAUGACCAUUGUUGAGGACCUGAGCAGGCAAAGAAGGAACAUGCUUUAUGUUUCUAGAGGGCAACUUAAAAAGCAUUCGAGCACUGUUUUGAACAUAAGUGUCAGCAUCAGAUACAUAUCACAGCAGGUUAACAUGCCAUUACUAAGACUUCUCCUUCAAAUAAGUAAUAUGUAUCAGAAUGUUAAAGAAACACAGUCUGAGCUCAAAGAACAGCAACCUACCGAGAAUAAAACUAUAGCUAAAACACCUCCUGCAACUGUAUCUGGAUCAGAUAUUCAGGACAUGCUCAAUCCAUUGUUAUCUGAAGCUGAAAAACCUAAGGUGUUUCAGAAAUCUCGGUUUACAGAUAAACCAUUUGUUUCACCAUCGCCAUCAGUUCGUGCUCAAUCUCUCGCUCAUCGGCUAAGGUCAACAAGCAAAAGUGUUAGAGGCUACAUGAAUCUCUCAGACGUCAGCCAAAUCACAUCUCCUACAUCUGUACUUGAUCGCAGAGUUUCAAUGAAAAGCAAGGAAGAGUCUAUAUCCAUUACACCGAGAUGUUGGAAAACUAUGUACCACCUUCUUGAUUUGUAUGCAACAAUGCCACAUACGAGGACUAUUGCUCAUAGCCGCUUUUCUGUUGUUGGAGAUUUGUCUGACAGUUUCAGAAAAAAAAUGGAAUUAAGUGAUUCCAAGAAUGAUGAUACCGAAAAAGAAGCUCAGAACCACACUCCAAGCCAAAGUCAAAGCAAUGCUAAAGACCCAAUUUCUUGUUUGCUAGAUUCCUGUAUAGGUGAAAGAACGAGACUCAUAGUCUUCGCUGUCGCAAAAAUACAUCGCACUCGUCUUCUGGCCACACUCAGUGGUUUAAAAUUAGAAGCCGAAAUGACCAGCCUUCAUUCCUCUCUUACUGUGAGAAAGAAAACUAGACCCACUAGUUUAGAAUCAUCGGUUACCGGCCAUGUUGGACGAACUAUGAUAGUUUUGUUGGAAGGCGUCCCUCCUAAUCAACAAACUGUUGUCAAAGUAAUGAUUGGAAAAUCACAAGCACUCUUCUCAAGCACGAGUGCCCCUGGUAAAGACAAGAAUUCCGCUCUAUUGACCGUUGGUUCUGUUGCUAUUACUAUUCCACAGCAUCCAGUAGCUCUUCAUGGAAUGAUGGCACGAGGAAGCAAACAUCUAUCAUCAACUCUCCAGGAAUUGCGUGUCACACGAACCUCCAGUCGUAUAGGACGUGCUACAACCGUAGAUGAAAGUGAUACUCAUAAUGGUCAGAAUUCUCCAUUUGAAGCUCGUGAAGUUCUUAACUAUACAAGUUCUCAGCAAAACACAGAACCAUUGCUACAUCCUUUAGUUGUACAGUUCACAAUAGUUCUUCAGAGCUUGAGUAUAACAGCUGCCUUACUUCCAUCACUGCAAGCCCAAUAUAAAAUGGAACAAGUCACCAGUUCUGGAGUAACUGCCAGUAAAGUAAAGUUUGUUAUAGAUUUACCUCGGCAUUGUCUUUCAUUUUCUACAAAGGUAAUGGAGGCAAAUCUUCCUUCUGAAGCGAGUAUAGAAUUGCCUCAAGUACAUGUUUCAGCUGAAUAUGUCCAAGACACUAACACAUCUCUCGAAGGCCAAUUUGGAGAUGGAGUUGUUCUAAGACAUGGAAACUAUUUAAGUGCCUCUGCUGAAAUAGGAGUUUUUGACCAUUCAUUAACUACAGACCUUUUGAAUCAUUUAGUGUUUGUACAGAAUGUUUUCAUGAAAGAAGUCAAUGAAGUUGUACAAAAAGUAUAUGGUGGUGAAAAGCCUGUUCCUCUUUGGGAAGAUGACCCUGAGCACCCAAAUCAGAAUUUCAAACAGAUACUAUUUUAUCUUACCAUUAAAUUGAAGAGAAUACAAAUCACUGCCAUAACUCCCACCAACUGUGCAGUUCGUUUGGAGACUGGUCUUGUCGAUUUGGAAUUAUCUAAUCGGGUACAAAAUGUCUCCGGGCCAGCUCAACCAAGCACGAACAUGAAAUUAUUCAUUAAGGCAACAGUUGAGGUUAACCUAUCUCUGGGACAGGUAAUUAAGCAUGCCUUAUUCGAGGAAGCUGAGCCUGAAUUUCAACAAUUUGCUUUCUUCAAAACAAGAAUAGGUUUGAGAAAUGCCUUUCAAGGAGAAAUGAUUGGAACUGGUAGUGAAGGUAAAGAGGUAAUACUCAUCACCCUUCAGCGGCCUUUGAUUUAUAUCCAGCCUAUGGCCGUAGAUAAAGCAAUACUCGUCUGGCUCAACUAUAAAAAUGCCUAUGAAUAUUGGAACGAACAAAGAUCAUCGCUUAAUAAAGAAGUGCUCACGGCUACUCAACAAGUAUUUGAAAAAAUGCCAUUUGAAAAACUUACUGGUCCUCCAAUUCUUGGAACUUUGUUCUUGCAACUGACAGUUGAAGAUAUGGGAAUAUGCAUACCUUUGAAUCCUCCUCCUCCUCCUGCCUGGGGUAGACAUCUAUUUGCUGAAGAUUCUUGUUCAGCUGUGCUUGUUACUCUAGAGUCUACAAGUAUCUCAGCUUGUAGUUGGGGAUCUUUAGUAAGUAAGGGGAGAUUCGUUGGUCUCUGUCUUCGGUUUGCUGAUGAUUUCGAAACAUCUCUCGAUGAUUGGAAGCCAGAUCCCUCAGAGGCAUCUAUGAACCUGUGUGUGGUUUCUGAAGGAACCUAUGAAGUCUGUAGUCGCACUGUGGCCGCUCAGAAAAUUGAUUCAGAUAACGCAAAAUGGUUUCUCAAUGUUCAAUGGGCAAUGCAAGGUGUGGACAUUCACUUGGAUGUGAAUAUUGGUAAGCAGCUGUCUGCUCUCGGUCAUACGUUAACAACUCUAACUAGUUACCAAGAGGAUGACAUCCCUAAUCCUUCCUACGACAGUGACGAAGCAGAUAAUCCAGACCAUCCAGAAAACUCUCAGGAAACACCAUUAAUCAAAAGGAAUCGUCAAACAGUUGAUGGGUUUCCAGCUUUUGCUUUAGAUCCAUCCAUUGAUGCCAAGAAACGUUCUAAACUUAUUGAAAAAGAAAUGAAUGAGCAGGCCAAAAUAAUCAAUGAUCUUCGUAGCCUUGGUGCAUCCCAUGGAACAAUUGAACAAGAAAUGAAAAGAUUACGAGAGUUGGAAGCAAUGGUUUUCAAGGAUUUCAGAAGGGAUAUGAUACAGAAAUUGAGAAGACAAAGUGUGAAAUCUUCUUCAAUGAAAAAGAAACUGAUGAGCUCUAAAUCAGCUACUUUCAGAUCCAGAUCUUUUAUUGUUCCAUCUCCUACUCCAGAACAUCAACUGGAAAUCGAGAGCCCUGAUAUUGAUAAGAGCAGUUUUGGAAGCUCACCGUCAAGCAGUAUCUUUCCCAGGGGUCAUCUGUCCCCAAACACAAGAGUCACAUUUAGUGCAGAUUCUCAUAACUUUGCAAGACAAUCUUCAUUGCCAAGUGCCAGUUCGGAAUUGAGCCUCCCCAUUGAAGAAAAUUUACUUGAAUGGCAAGGAGUUCGACAUUCCACUGACAACAUACCCCCAAGUGAUACUGAUCACAGCACCCUUUUACUCGGAGAAGGUGAAAGUAGUACAACCGGCUCGAGUCCAAGUACGGCACCUGCGCAACAAAAACCUACAGAGCCUAACAUAGAUUUCGAAUUAGAUAUUAAAGUUCUCAUUAACAGGGGAAAUGUGUCCUGCAUACCAAAGAUUUGAAUAAAGAAGAUGAAUUGAAAAUGCUGACAAGAAUGAAAAAAGAGCGCAGCUGUUCUGGAGGCAUGUUUGACUUCCCACCGACCUCACCAGGGCUCAGCCGAAGGAGUCAUAGUAGAAGUCAUAGUAACACGACUGCUCACAGGCUGAGGCAGUUGCAGUCUCAGGUACCGCUUGGGGAUGUCACGAUCUUCCACAUUCCUGGGCUCGAUGUUAAGGUUCAUUAUGAAUCUAAAACUGUUCCUGAUUUAAGUAAAUUUGAAUCUCCAAGAAGAAGUGUUGUUAAGAAGGCUGCCCUCUUUGCUUGGGCUACACUCCAGUCAAUUCCAGAAGAAACAGUGAUUUCACCCCACAUCCUGGACUUCUUGGAACAGACAUUGGAACCCAUUCCUCCUCACGAAAAGAGUCCUCUUCAAUCUCAUGGUGGAAUGUUUGAAAAUAACACCCAAUAUUACGCUUCUUUCCCCGUAGAUGUGAUUGUUUACUUUCAUAUGCAGCCAUCGACGUUUAGGUUUUCAUGUUUGCCAGUGUCCCGAGUCGAAUGUAUGCUGCAAUUACCAUCUGUUGAUAUUGUUUUCUCAUCAAAGAGAGCUGAUUCUCAAACCCCAACGCCUGGUGCCCACGGAACAAUGGGUGGGAUCAGUGUUACCAGCUGUCUCUCGGACUUUUCUCUUUAUAUAUUCCAUCCUUAUGGAGGCAAAAAAUCAGGUGUAAAAGAAGCUCAGUGGAGUCCUCUACAAGAUAGUGAAAGGAAGGAUUCACUCAGUGUCAAUGUGGAAUUUGUUAAGUUACAUUUGUCUCGAUCACGUAAAGUUAAUGUAGAAUCCAAAAGUGCCUCAGAACAUGGUCAAGCUGUAAUUAGAUUUUCAACAAUUGUAGACAUUGGAUCAGCUUCUUUCAAGUAUGACAUGAGAAGAUUGACAGAGAUCCUUGCAUUUCCAAAAGCAUGGUAUCGACGAAGCAUCAUGAGGAGAUUAUUUCUUGGUGACCUUAGCACAACUGCAACUUAUAGUGAUGGAGAUGAUUCGGAUACUGGGGAACCCCGCUAUUAUAGUGACAGAAAUCCAAUACUGUCAAGAGACAAUCUUAGACUAAAUUUUGACAGUGAAAGGAGCAAAAUGCGUUUUAGGCCAGAAAGAACUUCUAGCUCAGAAUCGAGCCCCGGAACAGGAGAAAAAAUCUCUAACUCAGGAUGGGAAACUCUUGUCCUUUUUGCUGUUAAUUUCAAACGCUUGAAUGUCCAUAUGAAUAUGGGAAAUGUAAUGGGCAAUGUGAUGUGGUUCACUAAGGAUUUUAGAGCUGAAGGGAGACUAGCUAUUGGCAGCACUGGCCAUAAAAAUAUGUACAUAGGUUUAGGGCUUGCAGGAGCUAGUUUAGACGCAAAGGGCGGUAUUGUUGGUGGCACGAUUGAUCUCAGUAACAUAGAUACUUUUAUUACCAUUCGUGAAGAUCCCGGAACAGAACCAGAACACAAUGUGGGUCUUAAGCUGUCCGCUCUGGAGUGCAGGCUCGACUACAUGGGAACUGCCGUACUUAUGUGCCGUGUUAGCAGUUUGGAAGUACUUCUUAAGGAUGAGUGGAACACACAUAAUAAAGAUGCUUUCUCCCCUACGCGGCGACCUGCAAUGAUUUUUAUGCAUGGAGAUUUGAGUUGGGACCAGCUGCAGAUAAUGAUAUCACGAUCUACCACUGUGGACCUUCUCAAAAUGUAUUAUAAACUAGAAGAAUUCUUUACACAACAAUUUAAAUCUAGUAAAAGAGUUUUUAUGGGCAGAGCAGGACCCGAAAAUUCAUUCAGGAAAAGACAGCCCAGAAAAAAAGUUUCUAAUGCAGAAAAUUGGACACAGGAGGCUAGACAUCACAGGCACUGGCAGAGGGCCCUCGGGGUGGCGAUGGGACUGAACCUCUCUCGCACGGUCGACAACAGCGCGGUGCUCGGCGGCACCCUGGACCUCCACGGCGUUAACAUUUCUCUGGCCUGCUUCCAUGGCAUCAACUUCAAGUCUAAAUCCUGGGCUCUCUUCUCCCUCAAAGAGCCAAGUAUCUCCUUUGCCACUGAGGCUCAGAGAGUGCCUAAUUCUGAUAGUGGACAGAUUGACUCCCACAUAGUACAGACACUUACAUUUAGUAUGGGUAUGAGCGGGCAGGCACCAGCAGCUCAGCACGACAGCAUGGCCACGGUCUGCAAAGUAUCCCGCAACGUUCUGUUUCCACCACAGUUCAGAACUCUUCACGAAUGGUUCCACUAUGCAUUCUCCUGUUCUGCCAUCGAUGCUGUGGAUCGCUUCCCUUGUGUCGAAAGAGAUUCAGUGAAUGAGAAUACUUCAGGUCGAGCAAGACCACCCAAGUCUCCAGACAACAAACACACAAGCGAAGUAAUAUUUGGCUUGCCAUCGCUACAAACUCAUCUUAAGACUGAACACCUUCAAUCACCUUCCACUCCUAGUAUUUCAGAAGAGAAACCUGUUGUCGAAUGUAGUUUUGUUACCGAAUUCGAAGAUCACAUAUUUGUUACUGUCGAUGCUGAAGCUUUCUUCUUUUUACAUGACCUUAUAACUUCAUAUCUCAGAGAGAAAGAUAGAAUGAUGGGAACAACAUUUGGAUUAGGGCGAGCUCAGAGCCCUGAAACAAUGCGUGGUAGUGAGGGUAGCCAAGAAACUUCUACUGACGAUCCAAACAAGGCCUUUGAUCCUACGGAUGUGUUCAACAUGGAUUGGAGGAGUUUUAUUUGCAAAACUUGGCAUUUAGAACCCACUGUCAGAUUGCUGUCAUGGCGAGGUAAAAGUAUCGAGCCAUAUGGAGUGGAUUACAUCCUACAGAAAUUGGGCUUCACUCACGCUAGGACAACGAUACCCAAGUGGCUCCAGAGGGGCUUUAUGGACCCUCUUGAUAAAGUCCUCUCCUUGCUUGUACUGAGAAUGCUUCAAGUCGCCAAAGAAGAAUCUGCCAAAGCAAGAUACUAACUGUUAUGAGAUUUAUUUGUAAAUUUUGUUAAUACUUUUGUGUGAACAAAGACUGAGCAGAUUAAUUAAGACUGAUUAGUUUCAAUUGAACUACUUUUAACCUUUUGAAGGUUGACGUCUAUGUAUAGUAGUUGUGUAAAUUGGUUAAGUGGCCUCGACACUCUUUAAUGACACUUUUAUUUACUUAUUAUGAAUAUUUUAUUUCUAUGUAAUAUUAUUGUAAUUAGUCAUUUUUGUUAGACUUGGUAGUUUCUUUAUUUUAUGAACCUGUUAAAAUCUUCCUUUAUUUUUUAUUAAUUUAUUUAUUAAUAUUUAUAUCUUGUUAUAACGCUAUUGCUUGUUAUUUAAAUACUUUGUUUAUUACUGUAAUAUAUGUAUAUGUCUGGAACUUUUAAUAAAAGGGAAAUUAUUUAGAUUUAGU